CAAUGAUUAGUAUGAGUGCUGGCCGGCCUUAUCCUAUUUGACAUGGCAAAGCUCUUCCUUUAUUAUUUUGUUCGCGCAUUCAAAAUGAAGCCAUGGCAGCUUGCUCUGACAACGGCGUCACUGUUUUCAUCCCUGGCCCAGUGCUCCUCCACACACCAUUUUGAUCGAUUCUUCCCCGGCUGGAACACAUAUCUACAAGAUAUUAUCCACAACAACUGUUCCAAACAAUUCGAGUCUUAUCGGACCGACCGCAUCCAGCCUCCUAACAGCCCCUCAUCUCUCAUCACCCCGCUCAUUGAAUGCAUCCUCAACAACUUUCCCGAGUUUCGCAAGACCGAGCUUGGCGCCAGCGCCGUCAUCCUGGGUCUGCUGCCGACGAUAUUGCAGAGCCUCGGCAGCCGGACGGCUGAGUCGGCCGUGUUGGCUCGUAGGCGGCCCUUCCUAGCCGUAUUGCUGGCGGGCGGGAGCCCGGCUGUGAACAUAGCCAGAGGGAGCGAAUUUGUCGAGACGCUGGAGAAAUAUGUCGAGGGCAGAGAGGCCGAAGACACGAUCCCCGGCGUGCGGAUGGGCUUGCUGAGUCCGUACUUGCGGCCGUGGAUCAGCAUCCUCGAAUACCUGCUCGUUGGCUGCGCUGUUGCCAAUAUCGCGCAUUUGACGUAUCGGCUGGGAGUCAACGCCGUCGUGGGGUUCGCGCCCCAGACGACCUACCUGCUGCCUCUGUGGGCAUUUCUGGCCGUGGUAAUUCACCUCGGGGGAUCGCUCGUUCUGCAUUUGCGCGUCACGGUACGGCCUGGGAACGAAUCCAAGUACCGCACCGGGAGACGAGUAGAUGGCUUCCCAUCGUGGGUCCUUGAGGAGUUUAUUCCCUGUGCUUUCCAGUCCCCGAAGUUCCUUCGAUGGCGACCGAAGGAAACCCUCUGGUUUCCCGUAUUAUCGUGGCUAUUGAAUUUGGGGAUCCUCGUCCACGUCGUCUUUGGCACCCUCGUGAUGUCCAGUCUCCUAUUCUUCAGCGUGGUAGACUCGGUCAUGAUAAUUGCUAGGUUUGUGGGCAGCGCCAUAAUUUGCAGAACUGUCGUACGGGUUGAGUUGGCUGGCAUAGCGGAGAGUAUGAGAUAUCAGGGCUUGAACGAGCGUCCAGAAGAUGAGGUUGAACUUACUCCAUGAAUGAAUGAUAAAAUGGCAUAUUUAGGCAUCUCUAUAUACGCUAUUAUCAAUGCCUCCUGUUGGAGUGCCAAUUCCACUUUGAC